AUGUUCCUGGAAAAAAUCAAUCAGAAAACCGGAGAAAGAGAAUGGGUGGUGGCCGAGGAGGAUUACGAUAUGGCCCAAGAGCUAGCGAGAAGUCGUUUCGGUGACAUGAUUCUAGACUUCGAUCGAAAUGAUAAGUUUCUCGAAGGACUGAAAACAACAAUUCCUGAAAAGAAAAGAGAAAACGAAGAUGGAAAAGUUCAUGUUUUAGAUAUUGGAACAGGAACCGGUUUAUUAUCUCUGAUGGCUGCUCGUGAAGGUGCUGACAAAGUUACGGCAUUGGAAGUAUUCAAACCAAUGGGAGAUUGUGCACGACAUAUAACUGGACACAGUGAAUGGGCUGACAAAAUUACAGUGAUUUCUGAAAGAUCAACAGAUGUUUCUCAAAUUGGAGGAUCUCCUGCAGAUAUUAUUGUUGCGGAGGUGUUUGACACAGAGCUGAUUGGAGAAGGAGCAUUGAGAACGUUCAAAGAAGCAUUGAAAAGAUUAGCGAAACCAGGAUGUCGAGUUGUUCCAUCUAGUGGGAAUGUGUAUAUUGUUCCUGUGGAGAGUCAUCUUCUCAAAAUGUUCAAUACUAUCCCGAGGUUGAAUGGAGCUGAAGAUGAACACCCACUCGGUAAUUGUUCUGGCACCGCAGCUGUCUUCGAUGUUCAAUUAUCCGAAGUGAAAACUCAUGAAUUCCAAGAGCUCUCUGAUCCCAUCGUUGCUUUCAAAUUCGACUUUGAGCACGAAGAAAAGAUAAUUUUCGAUGAGUCAUUUGUUCGGAAAGCCACAGCUCACUCAUCCGGUACCAUUGAUGCUAUUCUUAUGUGGUGGGAUAUUGAUAUGGAUGGAACUGGCAAAACUUUCAUUGAUAUGGCACCGAAAUGGAAGAAUCCAGAUAAUUAUGCAUGGCGUGAUCACUGGAUGCAAGCAGUUUAUUAUCUCCCCCAAAAGAAAAAAGUAGAGAUGGGUCAGACUUUUGAAAUCGUGUGCAAUCACGAUGAAUUCAGUAUUUGGUUCAGUGAAGUUGGAAAAGAUACCACUAGAACCUAUUGUGUCUGUGGAUUACACUCAAUGUUGAGCCGACAAACAGUGUAUCAUAUCAAUGAAAUGUUUGAAAAUCACAGUUUUCGAGCAGAAGUCAACAGGCUCUCCAAUAAUCUCCACGUGACAACUGUUGGCGAGGGCUCGUUUUUGGGUCUCCUUGCAGCAAAAACAGCGAAAAAAGUGACGAUAAUUGAAGGCAAUGAGCGAUUCCGGGACAUUUUCUAUAGAUAUAUUCAAUACUACAACUUGAAAAAUGUGGAAAUAAUUGAAAAAGCGACAAACUUAACGGAAACACCAGAUAUCAUUCUCGCCGAACCAUUCUACGUGUCUGCUAUGAAUCCAUGGAGUCAUCUCAGAUUUCUGUAUGAUGUUGAAGUAUUGAGGAUGCUUCAUGGUGAUGAACUGAAAGUCGAACCACAUGUUGGAACGCUGAAAGCGCUUCCCGAGUGCUUCGAAGAUCUACACAAAAUUGCUGCUGACGUUGGAACAGUAAAUGGAUUCGAUUUAUCAUUUUUCGAUGGAAUCUCAACAAAAGCAAGAGCUGCUACCGACGCGAUUGUUGACGAGCAAUCACUAUGGGAAUACGCUGGAACGGUAAAAGGAGAACCAGUUGAACUACUGACUUUCCCGGUUGAUGGGAAAAUUCUAAGCAGGAAAUGCGCAGUAAGAAUGGAAAAAAUGAACUCGUCUAAUGGAAUCCCAAUAUGGAUGGAGUGGCAGUUUGGAAACGUUACACUAUCUACAGGUCUUCUGUCUGUUUCUGAUUCUGGAGAACCUGAAUGGAAUAAAGGAUACAAACAAGGAGUCUACUUCCCGAUAUCAGAUCUCCAAAACGAGCAGUCUCUGAAUCUACGAGCGCUUUUUGAUAACUCUUCUGGAGAUAUUACUUUCCAAUUUUCUAAAGUUUAG